UGGAGAUGUAAUUUACAUAAAGUAUCGUAAUGGGCAUUUGUGGCAUUUAAAAAUAAUUAGUUCCGUAUAACGCUCGGUUUUACUUUAAAGUUCCCUGGUGGUGCUGACAAAACGCUAUGGUAGGAAGCACUGCGUUUCUACUGGGGUGCACGCAAAACAAACACAGCUGAUAAAGCCGAUGAUAAUGACGUCUCCGUAGAUGAAAUCGGAGAGAAAUCCACUCAUUAACUUUGAAAGCUUGGACCACUGGAGUGCCAGCUGGAGGUGGCGUAUCAUUUUGAAUUAAAGUCGGUUCCUCUUCACGGAGGAGGGCCAUUUGGUAAACAAAGUGGGAAACGUUAAAAGAUUGAGGAAACGGCCGUGGAAGAACAGAGGGAGAGUUUUGUGCAAAUAUUGAGGUGACUGCUCUGCAGUAAAGAUGGGUCAGAAAGGAGAAGCCAAGGUGUCUUGCCAUAACAUCCUCACCUACCACAGAGAGCUGCUGGUGUCCAGGUUGAGGAGUAUUCAGUGCAUCUUGGACAACCUGUCGGCCGGUGGCUUCGUCUGUGAAGAAGAUGUUGAGAUUGUGCAGCGAACGAUCACCAAAACAGAUCAGGUGCGCAAAAUCUUGGAGCUUGUCCAAUGCAAAGGGGAAGAGGCCUGUGAAUUCUUUAUUUAUAUCAUAUACAAAGUAUGCAAUGCGUACAUAGACCUCCAGCCGUGGUUGAAAGAGAUUAACUACAACCCAAGCAAUGAUGUAACGGUGAUGAAAGUGGUUAACACAGAUCCCAUCAGCAGGUACUGUGAGAAGUUGAGGCACGAGAUGAGCCGGGACACCUGCUUCAUCAUGUCGUACGGCCAGCAAGAGGAGACCCGUCUGGAGGAGCUGUACAUUGACACACUGAUGGAGCUGUUGAACGACCGUAAUGAAAGUCUGGGCUUCUUGGAGAGUCUGGACCAGCUCCUGGGAGACUCCGCGGUCUUCAAUCCCCAAGGUGAAACCAUCUAUGUGAUGGGGGAUGCCGGUGUAGGAAAAUCCAUCCUCCUGCAGAAGCUCCAGAACCUCUGGUCCAAGAAAGAACUGCAGACGGACGCCAUCUUCUUCUUUAAGUUCCGCUGUAGGAUGUUCAGCAUCUUCAAGGACACGGAACAGAUCUCCCUCAGAGACCUUUUGUUCAAAUACAACUGCUACCCAGAUCACGAUCCAGAUAAUGAGGUUUUUGACUACAUCCUGCGCUUCCCUGAGAAGGUUAUUUUUACAUUUGAUGGCUAUGAUGAGAUUCAGGAGGAUCUAGACCUGAUGAAUGUUCCUGAAGUUGUGUCACCAGAAGACAAGGCACACCCCCUCCAGCUGCUCGUCAGCUUGCUUUGUGGGAAUCUACUCAAAGGCUCCCAGAAGGUGCUGACGGCCCGGACAGGGGUUGAGAUCCAGAGUAGGGUGAUCAGAAAGAAGGUGGCUCUGCAGGGGUUCUCCCCGGCUCAUCUGAAGACCUACAUUGAUUUGCACUUUAAGGAACAGGAGCACAGAGAGCUGGUGUCUGUUCAGCUGGACGCUAGCCCCCACCUCUGUGGCCUGUGCUCCAUCCCGCUCUUCUGCUGGAUUGUAUUCAAGAGCUUUAGACACCUGCACACCAUGCACGAUAGUUUUCAUCUUCCUGAAACCUGCGUCACGCUCACUGGCAUCUUCCUCCUGCUGUCUGAGGUGUUCCUCAGCCGCUCAGCCUCACCUGCACCAUCACUGCUGAAGAAAAGAGUUCGGUGUGCCUCAGAGACAUUCAAAGCAGGCCUCAGGCCGCUCGCAGCAUUUGCCAAACUAGCACUUCAGGGUAUGGAAAGAGGAAGCUUCAUUUGCAGCCAAGAAGAGAUCACUGUGUGUGGCCUGAAGGAGGAGGACCUGCCCCUGGGCUUUCUCAGACCUGUCAGUGAGUGUGAUGCCAGUGGAAGCCCUGCUACUUUUGAAUUCCUCCAUAUUACCCUCCAGUCUUUCUUGGCAGCGUGUGCUCUGGUGUUGGAUGAGCAGGCUGCUGCCAGCUCCAUUCUCAAGUUCUUCACAGAGUGCAGCAGGAAGCGAGAUGCCUCCUGUCUGCCGUUUGACUUCUGUAUCAGUGGCUCUUCGAAGCCCAUUGAAAAGAAUCCCUUUGCGAGCAAUGAACACCUCCAGUUCACUAAUCUGUUCUUGUGUGGACUGCUGUCCAAGUCUCACACGGGCCUCUUGGAGCAUCUGGUAUCUCCUGUGUUAUUAAAAAAAAAACGGGCCUUGCUAAAAUCCUACCUUUCCACCAGUGUCAAGUCCCACCUCCACGGCUUACCGCACUACAACGGCGAUGAUGGCAAGAAAGUUCACGUUUUGCCCAACUUCCUGUGGAUGCUGAGGUGCAUCUUUGAGAUGGGGAGUAAAGACAUCGCUCAGAUAACAGCAAAAGGCAUCACAGCUGGCCUCAUCAAGCUGGGCUACUGUAACGUGUUCUCAGGUGACUGCACCGCCAUCAACUUUGUACUGCAGCACCGUCAGAAGCUCCUGGGCCUAGACAUGGACAACAACAACAUCAGUGACUAUGGGGUGAAGCAGCUGCAGCCCUCCUUUUGUAAGAUGACUGUAGUGAGAUUGUGCGUCAACAACCUGUCUGACAGCAGCAUUGAGGUUCUUGCAGAGGAGCUGUGCAAGCACAAAGUAGUGGAGGUCUUGGGGCUUUACAACAAUCACAUCACGGAUGUGGGAGCCAAGCUAGUUGCUCAGAUAAUUGAGGAAUGCCCAAAGCUGCGAAUUGUCAAGAUUGGUAAAAACAAGAUCACUGGUGUUGGUGGGAGGUAUUUGGCCAGCGGAAUUCAGAAGAGCACAUCUAUAUUUGAUGUGGGAAUGUGGGGGAACAGAAUUGGCGAUGAGGGAGCGGAAGCAUUUGCAGAAGCUUUGAGACACCACCCACGUCUUACCAACCUCAGUCUCUCAGCCAAUGGCAUCACAUCUGAAGGCGGGAAGUACCUGGCAGAAGCACUGAAAACGAACAACGUCCUCAGGAUAUUCUGGUUAGUGCAGAAUGAGCUGACUGAUGAUGCCGCUGCACACUUGGCUGAGUUGGUCCAAGCAAACACAGGUUUAACACACCUCUGGUUAAUCAGCAACCAGUUCACUGUGGGCGGGAUCAGACACCUUGCUGAGGCCCUUAAUCACAACACAGCACUCAAAGAGAUAUGUGUGAAAGGGAACCAGCUGUCUGAAGAGGAAGAGAAACAGUUUGUGACAGAGAAAAGGCUGCAGUUCCACUGAUUGGGCACCCAUGUGAGAAAUGAGUAAUGUUUGUGUUGCAGAAAAUAUGUGGUGUGUAUUCACAAUAUGCAUGUAUUAUUGCGCCUGGCUGUGGGCACAAAGUCACACUAUCUGCUUUAAUGGACUGCUGUAUAUUCAUUGUUGAUGAAGCCAUUUUUGCACUGAGGAAACUUUCUGUUUCAUGUUUCUUGUAUAGGGAAUGUUUACGUGGAAUUUUGACAAAUGUUUGACAAUUUUACAUGCUCUGUUACAUAAAAGGAAGUGGAAGCUUCCAGUUUGAAAAACAAGAAGAAAACUAACCCACAAAUUUUGUAUAGACUGUAUGUGCAUGUUUUCAUUUGUAUAUAAAACAGUAACUUCAUUUUAUUUAUUAUAUGACUGAUACUCAAAGUGUUUUCCAAAUCGCUGGUGGAAUGUGUAGAGGUGCACUUCAGUGUGAAGAGAGUGAAUGAAGGAAGACAGCAUUAUCAUAAUGGUAAAACAUUAAACAACAUCACAACAUA